AUGUGGGUUCAAGGGGCAGUGGUUAAUCAGCCAUUAAAGCAACUCUUUCUUUGCAACCCGCUUAACUCUAAUCGAACUCGUUUCUUCACCAACCGCUAUCAGAAACGGAAACCUUCCGUGGUUGUAAUGUCCAUGUCAACCAACAGCACUGCAGUUCCUAUCAUGGUAAAUGGCUGUAAUGGCAAAAUGGGGAGUUCUGUUAUAAUGGCAGCAAAUUCUGCUGGACUUCAAAUUCUUCCAAAAUCUUUUGGCCCAGAAAAGGAUGCUGGUAAUACUGUGGAAGUUUUUGGGAAUGAGAUUAAAAUUCAUGGUCCUUCUGAAAGAGAGAGUGUGCUCGCUUCUCUCUAUAAUGAGUAUCCAAACAUGAUUGUGGUUGAUUACACUGUGCCUGCUUUGGUGAAUGAUAAUGCAGAUCUUUAUUGCAAAGUUGGAGUUCCAUUUGUUAUGGGAACUACUGGUGGCGACAGGGAUAGAUUAUAUAAGACUGUGGAUGACUCAAAAGUUUAUGCAGUAAUCUCUCCACAAAUGGGGAAACAGGUGGUUGCAUUUCUUGCAGCCAUGGAGAUUAUGGCUGAGCAAUUUCCUGGUGCUUUCUCUGGAUACUCCCUUCAUGUGAAAGAGUCCCAUCAAUCGGGAAAGUUGGACACAUCUGGAACUGCCAAGGCUGUCAUUUCUUGCUUCAAGAAAUUGGGGGUGUCUUUUGAUGAUCAGAUAGAAAUGAUCCGGGAUCCCAAAGAUCAAAUGGAGUUGGUGGGAGUUCCAGAGGAAUAUUUGUCUGGUCAUGCUUUUCAUUUGUAUUAUCUAUCGUCGCCUGAUAAAACUGUUUCCUUUGAGUUUCAACAUAAUGUGUGUGGUAGAUCAAUCUAUGCUGAGGGUACCAUUGAUGCUGUACUUUUUCUUGCUAAGAAGAUUCAAUCGAAGGCUGACAAGCGGAUCUACAAUAUGAUCGAUGUCUUGCGGGAGGAGAGCGAGGAAGAGGAAAUGGAGAACCGAGAAGACUUGAAGUCGAUGCUACCAUUUCUUCCCUUACUACUUCGAUCAUCAAAUCUUUUUUGGCCGUCCCAAGUCGUUGAAUCUCUCAAAGCACUCUCAAACGGACCUCUUUACAGCAAGGUUGACUCUGGUGAACUGCUUUUCAAUGCCAUUUCCAAUAUCAGAGAUUCUCUUGCUCUCCCUUCUCUGCAACUUCUCGCUCCUUUUGCCCGUGAAGGUUAUGCUCUCUUCUUUGACGAGUUAAGUUCCCGGGCCGAGGCUGCAAAAUGGUUUGGGGAGGUUGUCCCAGCAUUGGCUAACUUGCUCUUGAGAUUGCCAUCUCUUUUAGAGUUUCACUAUCAAAAUGCCGAUACCUUGCUUAGUGGUGUCAAAACCGGUCUUCGAUUGCUGGGUCAACAAGAAGCUGGCAUAAUCUUUCUUAGCCAGGAAUUGAUUGGUGCUCUCCUCACAUGCGCUUUCUUUUGUUUGUUUCCAGUCUCUGAUAGAGAUGCAAAACGUCUUCCAACAAUCAAUUUUGAUCAUUUGUUUGGGGCUAUAUAUGAGAGUUACAGUGAAAGUCAGGAGAAUAAAAUAAAGUGUAUCAUACAUUAUUUUGAAAGGAUAAGUUCAUCUAUGCCUGAGGGCUUUGUCUCCUUUGAGAGGAAGGUUCUUCCUUUAGAACAACUUCCUUUGUGUGUUUCCUAUCCCGAGGCAGAUUUUUGGAGCCAGUCUGUUGUUCCUCUCUGCCCUUUUGAGGUCCAUAGUUCAGGCUUCAUAGAAGACCAAUCCAAUGGAGCUCUUGAAGUUGAUUUCGCUAACAAGUAUCUAGGAGGUGGUGCUCUUCAUAGGGGCUGCGUGCAGGAAGAGAUCCGGUUCAUGAUCAAUCCUGAGUUAAUUGCUGGAAUGCUUUUCUUACCUUGCAUGGAAGACAAUGAGGCUAUUGAAAUUGUUGGUGCUGAAAGAUUCUCAAAUUACACAGGGUAUGCAUCUUCAUUUCGUUUUUCAGGUGACCAUGUGGACAACAGGAAUGUUGAUAGUUUCAGAAGACGUAAAACCCGGAUUCUUGCCAUAGAUGCAUUAUCAUGUGCAGGGAUGAGACAAUAUAAACUCAAAUACCUCCUCCGGGAGACCAACAAGGCAUUUUGUGGCUUUUUGGAUCAAUCUAAAUGGGACCAUCACAAAAGACUGUUUCAAGAGGGUAGCUCCCAAGGUUCUCAAUGUAUAGAAACUGAUAAAGACGCUAGUGUUAUGGUGAAGGACUUUCCAAUGGAUGAAGCCCCCUCAACUUCUGCUGAAAUUGCAAUGAACAAAGGAGAAACUGUAAACCAAGCGAUCAGAUAUUCUGACAAGAAGGGUAGUUGGUGUCUAGACCCUGAAGAUAAAAUUGGUAUUGCUACAGGGAAUUGGGGAUGCGGAGCUUUUGGUGGAGAUCCUGAACUAAAGACCAUACUUCAGUGGCUUGCAGCUUCUCAGGCAUUAAGACCUUCCGUUUCAUACUACACAUUUGGCAUUAAAUCAUUGCAGAACCUGAAUCAGGUGAGUCAAUGGAUUCUGUUGCAUGGAUGGACCGUCGGAGACAUUUGGAAUAUGUUGGUGGAGUACUCUUCUCAGAGAUUCAACAACGAUACUUACGCAGGAUUCUUUACAUGGCUGCUCCCUUCGCUCUCUGCCCAUGACGUCAAGAUGUCAAAUAUGCCAAAUACGCCUUAA